GGAAAUAAACAUAAUCGAGGGUCGUCGAACCGAAAAGCGAAAAGCGACGACGGAAGAAUAUGAAAUGCUUGAUUAUGUAAUGCAUGCCCCUAAAGCUCCUUCGUCAUACCUUUGGGAAUGAAGGACUGAAAGCUAUAAAUAUUGCAACGAAUACUACCUUAAAGGAAUUGUGUACACAAACAAGGUUGUCGAAAACUCAUCUUCAUCGAAAAAUAUUAGUAAGCGUAUCAUUUUUAUGACAGCGACCUACGUGUUUUACCAUCAACAAGAAAACAUUUCACGAGUUCUGACCCCGAUUUACUCCGAGCUGUGGAUACUAGAUGCAAGAUUACCAUUGAUCUGACGUUAGGUUUAUUUUAACGGGAAAAGCAACGCGAAGAUCUUUGCUUGAUUUCGGUCCCUAUCUUGGCCCCUUUGGCCCUCGGUGACCCAGCAGAAUGAAGUUCUUUACACAACUCAAACUACUACUUUGGAAGAAUUUCACGCUUCGCAGACGACAAACGCUAAGGAAUGUCAUAGAGCUGGUAUGGCCUUUAGUGCUUUUCUUCAUUCUCGUUGCUGUCAGAUUCAGGAGGGAACCAGAAUACAGGUCAAACUCUUUUUAUCGACCAAGAGCACUCCCCUCUGCUGGCUUGCUGCCAUUUGUCCAGUCUUUUCUCUGUGAUUACAGAUCCAGUGGAUUACCGUACCCAUCUACAAAUCUUCCUGACAUUCAAAGCUCAAGCUUAGCCAAAUUCUUGGAGGAUGCACUUCCAAUGAUUGGGAACAGCACUGUAAGAGAUAGAUUCCUCCGUCUGAAUCAGGAUCUGCAGAACUACAUGAGAGACAGAGACCAGCUGAAUGAGCUUCAAAGAAGAUAUUCCCAGCUCAGCCAAAAUAUGACAGGUCUGGAGCUUACAAGGUUUUUACGUGACCCAGAUGGAUUCCGUGAAUACCUCUUGAAUGUCACACAACUUGACCCAGAAGUUGUCUCACAGUUGCUGAACUCUACUAUCAACAUUACUAUGAUAUAUGGUACUCUGGACCAGGGAAGAUCCUUUCUCCCGAGCCUAACAUCAACACCAUUAUCGUUGGAUGGUGCCCGCCAGCUUUACGGCCUCUUGGGAAACCUUGGGCAGGGGUCGCUGGAGGUGCAGUGGCUUUUGUGGUAUUAUGAGAACAGAAACCUUAUCAACCGGGCUCUGUCUCAAAAUGAUAGUACAGCAGCCGGUGAAUUGUCUCGGAAGAUUCUGUGUGAUAACAGCUUUCCACUGGACAUAAACAGCAUUAUAACACCCCCUCAAGGCAACAUGAGCUCUAUCCGAAAUGCUCUUUGUGAUUUGGAUAACACUGCACUCCAAGACGUUGCAAAUGAGCUACGAUCACAGCUUCAAUGGCCCAACAUCACAGACCUCGACCAACUGCGUAAUUUGACUUUCUUGAAUGAGACCAGAUUGUUUCUCAUGCAGACAUUAACUGUCGAUCUUGCAAACUUGGCAGCCGAUGUCUCGGCCCUACAGUCAUUUGAGACUGUCAUUCUGGAUUACUUGAUGCUGGCAGAUGACAUGGCAUCCCAGGGUGGCUUCCGGGGGGUGCUUUGUGGCCAGCGGCAGAUGCCAGACAGAUCAGCUGUCAACAAAACUCAAGGACUUAACAGUUCGCAGUCGUCACAGAAUGGUGUUCGGCAGGCAUAUGCUGUUUUAUUGAACAUGACGCUGAGCCAACAGCAAAAUAAUGAGAGCCAAAUGCUCCCUAUGCUUACCUCUACCACGUGCCAGUCACUAAUUGGCAAGGAAUACAGGGAAUACCAGAGUAUACUGGCAAAUGAUUCAAUCAACCAAGGCAAAGACCAGUGUAACGUGAUUGACCCGUUUAUGCGUGUGGACUGUGGCUGGCCAGGGAUCUCGCCCUCGACUUGUCGCCAGAUGGGAUGCUGCUUCGAUUCGAGUGUUGAGAAAACUCGCUUCUGCUUUUUCAAAGUUGAUAAAGCCCAGUGUGGAUGCGUGGUAAACACAUUUGUUCGGCGAUCAUCGGGUGCAAGUGGUGAGCCUGGCCAGGGUAGUGCUGACUCUGGCUUUAUCCAACUGGCGCAGCUUUUCCUUAAGGGCGAGAUUCUCUACACACCAGACAACAACAACACACAACAGAUCAUCAACGAGAUCAAGAAUUCGUUUUCAGACGUUCAGUCACUUGAGCAAUUUGCUGAAUGGUGGUUAAACAACUCUGACGCUAUCAGGAUAAGCGUGCUACAAGCCAGUGAAUAUCUCAACAAUCUGCCUUUUGGCAACAGGUCACAGCAGCUGUCUCGUCAAGGCAACAUGUCUCAGCUUGUUAAUGGUAACGCCAGUUUUCCUGGUAACAUGUCCAGACAAAACCUGACAGUGGUGCUUGAUGGCUUGUAUAACUCGUUCAGUGAGAUGGUGACGGCAUAUAAGUGCAUCCAGCAUGAGUACUUCAUGCCUUAUUCAGACGAAGAGUCACUCGUUAGGCGGGCCAUCAACACUUCUGCCACGCCAGUCAUAGCAAGUCUAGUAUUCGAAAAUGUUGAUUCGGGCGCGGAAUUGCCAAAGCACAUCAAAUAUAAGAUCCGACAAGAUGUUGACUUCACUCCAAGAACCGACCGAAUACGCGACUGGUACUGGCGGCCCGGUCCUAAUGGAUGGUUCUCCAAACAGGGAUACAUGAAUUUCGGUUUCGUGUUCCUACAAGACAUGAUAGACCGCGCACUUUUGACAAUAUCCUUCAAUGAAACGGUGUUUGAGCCUGGUACUUACGCCCAGAUGUUUCCUUACCCAUGCUACAUACGCGACAGGUUCGUGUUUUAUAUUGGUGGGACUAUGCCGCUCUUCAUGACUCUCGCGUGGAUUUACACGGCGGCCAUGAUCAUAAAGAGUAUCGUUUACGAGAAGGAGAAGCGACUAAAGGAAGUCAUGAAGGUGAUGGGACUUGGUCGUACAGUGCACUGGGUUGCGUGGUUCAUCAACAGUGCGUCCACGAUGCUCAUCACCAUCAUAUUUCUCGUGAUCACGCUUAAGGCGGGCCGCAUCUUACAGCACAGUGACCCGUUCAUCAUCUUUCUCUUCCUGGUCGUUUUCAUGUUCGCCACCAUUAUGAUGUGCUUUCUUAUCAGCGUGUUCUUCUCUCGCGCUAACGUGUCCGCCGCAUGUGGAGGUAUCAUCUUCUUCGUCACCUACCUGCCUUAUACAAUGGUGCGCUGGUUCGAAGCCUUCAUGAACUCUUCUCAGAUUGCUGCAGCGUGCUUGUCUUCUACCACUGCGUUCGGCGUGGCGUGUAACUACCUCGCGCGGUACGAGGAGCAGGGCGUGGGCGCUCAGUGGAACAACCUGUACGCCAGUCCCAUCGCAGGGGACGAAUUCAGCCUGGGCUACGCCAUGGGGAUGAUGAUGAUCGAUGGCGUGCUGUACGCUCUUGCCACCUUCUACAUCGAAGCCGUGAUGCCAGGCCAGUAUGGCAUUCCUCGGCCUUGGUAUUUCCCGCUUCAGAAAUCCUAUUGGUUCCCCCAGAAGCCAGUUGUCAAUGAGAUGCCUCUUAACCAGACCCCACGAUCAAGUACGGCGACGUCUAGACAUUCGGCCUCACCAGAUAUGGACGACGUGGCCUUUUCCCCAGACGGUGCCACAAAUAAUGACGUUGCCAUGGAAACGGAACCGUCACAUCUUUCUAUGGGCGUUUCCAUUCGUAAUCUUGUUAAGAUCUACAAAGAGGGAAAAAAACUGGCCGUUGAUGGACUUAACCUUAACCUUUACGAGGGGCAAAUCCUGUCUUUUCUCGGCCACAAUGGUGCCGGCAAAACCACCACUAUGUCAGUCCUCACGGGGCUAUUCCCGCCGACUCACGGGACGGCACUGAUUAGCGGCUACGACAUCCGUACAGAUAUCGAUAUGGUGCGAAGGAACCUCGGCAUGUGUCCUCAGCACAACGUGUUGUUUGACUGUUUGACGGUUGAGGAGCACUUGUGGUUUUACGCGUCGCUUAAGGGCAUGGAGAAGUCGCGCAUUCCAGGAGAGAUUGAGAAGUUCUUAAAGGACGUCGGUCUGACCAACAAGCGUCACGAACUAUCUGCUAAUCUCUCAGGCGGCAUGAAGCGAAAGCUUUCCGUUGCCAUGGCAUUUGUAGCGGAGUCACGUGUAGUGAUCCUUGAUGAGCCGACCGCUGGCGUGGACCCGUAUGCUCGCAGGAGCAUCUGGGACCUCUUGCUCAAGUAUAAGAAAGAUCGUACAGUCCUCCUGUCUACUCACCACAUGGACGAGGCUGACGUGCUCGGAGACCGCAUCGCCAUCAUCUCUCAGGGGAAACUCCAGUGCUGUGGAACCUCGCUGUUCCUUAAGAGCCAUUACGGUAACGGCUACUACCUUACCCUCACUAAGAAAACCCCUGGUGACCUGGGCACUCCCUGGCCAAGUCGAACAGGCACCGCUGGGACCCUGGACUCUGUGGAACCCAUUCGACCAGGCACCGCCGGGACCCUUCGAGACGUCAAGCUUGAAGAUCUGACGGAGACAAACUCUAGCUCCACGGAUGAAGGACUGGGGCUUGACUCCGUAGACGCAUCAGAACGAGACAGUUUGGGAUCGAGGUCGAGUGACUCGGACCCAAUCUCAGACAGCGUGUUGGGUGAUUAUAGUGAUGUAUAUUGCAAUGAAAAGUCUGUGACGUCAUUCAUUAAGUCGCAUAUCCCUUCGGCUAGCCUUGUUGAGCACGUGGGCACGGAGCUUACGUAUGUGUUGCCUAGUCACGCCGCUAAGGAGGGCAAGUUCCAGGACAUGUUUGAGGAGCUGGACCGCAACCUUCACAAGCUGCACGUGGGCAGCUACGGCGUGUCAGACACCACCCUUGAAGAGGUGUUCCUCAAGGUGGCAGAGGAGGCCCAGUCCGAGGAAGCAGAUAAGGUAGCUGCCGAGGUUCCUGUCCGCCGAUCGAGUUUCCGGCGCCACCUUUUCCGUCGCUCACGUGUGCACACGCGCAUCCCUUCAGACAGGGCGGAGCUCCUUGAGGCCAUGGAAGUGGAACAUCGUCUCCACUCGCAUUUCUCCGUGCCUUCGCCCUUCUCCCCUUCUCUAUCUCCUUCUAUUUUGGUCCCUUCACCCUGUAUCGUAGACUCCAAGUUUCAGGACGUCACCAAACCCGCCAAAGUCGAAACGAGAAUCGCGAAAGCCCAAGGUGACUCCAAGAAUGAUUCCGUGGAUGGAAGCCUGGAGUUUGACGAUAGAGAGUCUGGUCUUGCGCUGCUGCUCCGACAGUUUUUUGCGCUUCUCGUGAAGCGUUUUCAUCACUGCCGUCGUAACCGCAAGGCGUUCAUCGCGCAGAUUAUACUACCCGCCGUGUUCGUAUGCUUGGCUAUGAUCGUCGCCCAAAUCCGACCCUUCUAUGAGAAGCCCGCCCUUGAGCUGACCCCUCACAUGUUCGUGAAAGAGGAACCUUAUGAGAACUACGUGUUGUAUGCCAAUGAUGACCCCGGGGAGCCCCUGGCACGCAAUCUGAGUGAUGCGUUCUUGCAGUACCCGGGCUUAGGAACUUGGUGCAUGUCAAACAACUGUUCUCGAAAGCCCAUCGCAUUUCAACCGUCACUCUCCCCCGUGCCUACCCCCUCACCGGACUGUGACUGUUCAGAGGCGAUGAACGUGUGCCCUGCCGGCGCCGGGGGUCCACCUCCGCCUACAUGGACAUCAUAUGAUGGUAACAUCAUCCAGAAGAUGAGCGGCAGAAACAUCAGUGACUACCUGCUUAAGACUUACAUGAAGUUUGUCAAGAAAAGGUAUGGCGGAUUGUCGUUUGGUGACAACUAUAACAACCUUCCAGCCAACGUACGUAAUUCUAGUGACCCAGCCAUACGAAGGCUAAUCUCACCUCGCAACGUCAAGAUCUGGUAUAACAACAAAGGGUACCACGCCCUGCCCGCUUUCCUAAACACCCUAUCCAACACAGUCCUACGCGCGAAGGCCAAGGCAAGGGGCCUAGACCCCAGCCAAUAUGGCAUCACUGCGUAUAACCAUCCAAUGAACUACACCAAAGAACAGCUCGACGACGAGACCUUUGUCAAACGUGCCGUGGACGUACUGGUCGCUAUAUGUGUGGUGUUCGCCCUGUCCUUCGUGCCCGCCAGUUUUGUAGUGUUCCUGGUCAGCGAACGAGUGAGCAAGGCCAAGCAUCUGCACCUAGUCAGUGGGGUCAAACCGUACAUCUAUUGGCUGGCAAACUAUGUAUGGGACAUGUGUAACUAUUUCAUACCUGCGAUGUUGUGCGUGUUCAUCUUCUUGGCGUUUGGCGACGAGUCCUACACGACGGCUAUGAACUUUCCACCAACCUUCUGCCUACUGUUACUUUACGGGUGGUCGAUUACUCCGCUCAUGUAUCCUGCGUCACACUUCUUCUCGGUGUCAAGUACUGCAUACAUCGUGCUCAUUAGCAUCAACUUAUUUGUCGGCAUCAACUGCACCCUCGCCACCUUCAUCCUCGAGCUCUUUGAAGAUGACAAGGAACUGACUGACAUCAAUACCGUGUUAAAGAGUGUCUUCCUCGUGUUCCCUAACUACUGCCUCGGCAGGGGACUUAUCGACCUCGCCAAGAACCAGUUCCUUGGCAUCUUCUCGAGAUUCGGAGUGAAUUUAACACGUGACCCCUUCAGCUGGGAUAUCACCGGCCGUAACAUUUUUGCCAUGAUUAUUGAGGGAUUUGUCUUCUUUACUCUCACGGUGCUGAUAGAGUACAGAUUCUUCAUCAAAUUAAGGCCUGUUAAGGUUGUUCUGAAACCCGUCGAAGAAGAAGACGAUGAUGUUCAACGAGAAAGACAGAGGGUCAACAGUGGUUUAGGCCACGCCACGGACGCCCUUCGGCUUAUGAACCUGACCAAGGUGUACAGGUCGCGUCGAAAGCGGAUUGUAGCUGUUGAUCGACUUUGCGUAGGAGUCCCCAAGGGAGAGUGCUUUGGCCUUCUUGGUGUGAACGGUGCAGGCAAGACGACGACGUUCAAGAUGUUGACGGGUGAUAUCCCUGUCACGUCUGGUGAGGGAUUCGUGGACGGUCACAGCAUUCUUAGCGACAUCAACGGUGCACACCAAAGUAUGGGCUACUGCCCUCAGUUCGACGCUCUUGAUGAUUUGCUAACUGCUAAGGACCACCUUCGACUAUAUGCACGGCUGAGGGGCGUGCCUGAACGUUAUAUACCCAAGGUCGUCAACAGCUUGAUUCAAAGGAUGAACCUUGUCCAGUAUCAGGACGUAUGCGCAGGGAAGUACAGCGGCGGAAAUAAGAGGAAGCUGUCUACAGCCAUCGCACUAGUCGGCAACCCCGCCAUUGUUUUCAUGGAUGAGCCUACGACUGGCAUGGACCCUAAGGCGCGUCGCUUUCUGUGGAACAUCAUCACCGGCAUCAUGAAGGAAGGAAGGACCGUUAUCCUUACUUCGCAUAGUAUGGAGGAGUGCGAGGCGCUGUGUAACAGAGUUGCCAUCAUGGUGAAUGGACAGAUGAAGUGCCUUGGUAGUCCACAGCAUCUCAAAAACAAAUUUGGCGAUGGAUACACGGUAAUCUUGAGAGUGGCUGGUUCUAACCCCGACACCGAACAAGUCUGCCAGUUCAUCAUCCAGUGCUUCCCCAAUGCUGUUCUUAAGGACAAACACCAUAACAUGGUGGAGUAUCAGAUCCCUUGCCAGGGGCUGUCCGUAUCCCGUCUAUUCGGACACCUUGAGGCCAACCGGAAGAUGUUCGACAUAGAAGACUACUCCGUCACACAAACCACCCUAGACCAGGUUUUUAUCAACUUUGCCAAGGAUCAGACUGACGGUUUGGAUGACGAGCAGUGCAAUGAGCAAGCACAGCCUGGCGACACAAAGAUGGAGACCUUCCGCUCCAGUCACGCGAUCUCUGGUGACCAUCAAACUGCUGCUGUCGACGUUUAACUAUAGCAAUGAACUUAUUAAUGUGAUUUCAGGGAAGCUCACCUGAUCCCGUUAGGAAAAUGGCAUGCUUAUUUGUGGUCGGUGACCUCUAAAGACGUCAUUGGUGACCUCGUUAAAGCACCACUUUAAGUGUGUUUUCGAGACCCCACAUCACGCAUGGUGCAACAUCGAAAUAAUCUUAAUUAAGUAGGGAGGAAAGAGAGAAGAGUAGAUUGAGGUUAUAUGAGAAAAUCCGAUUAUGACGGAGGGAGGGGGGGGGGGGGAGGGUUGUUACGGAGGACAGAGUUUGGGAGGAGGGAAAGAGUAGGUUUUAUCGGGAUUCGGGUUUAAUUUUGUCUAUUCAAGGCCAGUAGAAACAGAGUUUGUUAGGCUCAGUUCUGUUACUUAACCAGGAAAUUCCCUCUAAUUUGGCUGAUAUAUGCUAUGUGUGCUAGGCGCUCUCCGUGUUUGAUAAGAAAACCCGGUCAAGUUACGUUGCGUACCUGAGCUAAUACCUCGAGCACUUUUAAGGCAAAAAAGUAUCAGAACCGAGCCCAACAAACUCCGUUCCUACAGCUCUUGCCCAUUCGCACGUUUUAAUCGAUUUUUAUUUCUAACUGCGCCCCAGCGUAUUGUAAGUAUUAUAUCUUCGAUUGUUCAAUAUUACUAAAAUAGGGUUGUACAUAAUAUACAUUGUAUAACAAUAUGCACACAACGGUGCAUUUUCGAUUCGACGCGUUGGUCUUGGUGUAGUCGCUCAAGUUAUUAGACGGGAUUCUUUAAACCCUCGGCAUGACAUGUUGCAUGAAUAUCCUAGUAAGUAUCAGCAUUAAAUGCAAGUAUUGUCCCUCUGAUUCCGUGAAGUGUUCAGUUAAGACUUGUUUCAGGUUAAUAAUUUAUGCUCGAUUAUUGCACCAGGACCUUGCCUAUUUUUAGUUAAGACUUCCGGUGUUAUGUUUUCGUCGCUUCACUUUUUCUAUGUGUUUAUUAUAGCCUACUUGUAGGCUUUGAUAGUUUUUCCGGCACGAAAACCCCGAAAACACGACAGACAUAAGAAAGCAUGUGUGGCGAAAGAUAAGCAAUAGAGAGCCCUUGUGUUGUUAUGAUUCGCAUGAGAAAACUCUUGUCACGCAUAAGUAUUUGCCGUCACAUUUCUAGUCUCGGCAAUUCAGAUUACUUGCAAUCCAUGUAGAGAACGGGAGGCCUUAUAUGGAUACUUAUCGGUAUUUAUUUAAAAGCGAUAAGUGCUUAGGUGUUUUUUAUUACCACCAUUUUUGUUAUGUAGUCAUCUGGUCUUUGCAACAAAUGAAUAAAUGAACUCAAGAACUUUG